CUGAAACGCCACUGGGCGACGCUUCGAAUCCUGGACCGCGUCUUUAUUGCACCGGCGGCGGUGCGGGGCUUAUAAGGGGCCUGCGGUCGGGGGCGCGGCCACAGUUCCUCGCCAGCAGCCAUGAGGACGAUACUUACCUUCGGCAGCUGUGCCGCGUUCCUGCUGCUCCAAGCACCACCGCGCGCGACCGCCCUCAAACUACCUCCGUACAUCAAGCCAUGUUCUGCUAAAGAUCCUCUGCUGGACGAGUGUUCCAAGAGACAUGGCAACGAUGCAAUUCCUUAUCUCGUAAAAGGCGACCCGCAGUACAAGAUCCCUGUCCUCGACCCCCUGGUGGUGGAGGAGCUGCGGUUGGAGGACACGUCCAAGACGUCGGCCACCUCGCUGACCAUCGUCAUCUCCAACAUGACCAUCCGAGGACUCGCCCGGGCCAGGAUACUCGGGAGACGACAUAAUUUUGAGAAGAGAAGUAUAUUCACCGAUUUCGUCACACCGCAGCUGGAUGUUACUGCCGAGUACGAUUUAGCCGGAAAACUGCUGAGUUUACCCAUUAAAGGUCACGGAGAUACCGAUCUGACAAUUUAUAAUUUGAGGGUCCUCUACGACAUGGAAUAUGAUCUUAUAAAGAAGAAAAACGGGAAGAAAUACUACCACAUGAAAAAUAAUGAUAUGUCCUACAACGUCACAGGAGGUCAUAUACACCUAACUAAUCUGUUCAAUGGAGACAAAGAACUUGGCGAUCGCAUGAACGAAUUCCUGAACGAGAACUUCAUGGAUGUUUUCGCACAAGUGGGACCUUCAGUUGCCGAAAGCAUGAACGAACUGUUCAAGAGACUGAACGGCCACAUUUUCAACUUCAUUCCUUUCGACGAGUUCUACACAGACUUGCCGUCUGAAUGAGGACACGGUGCGAAGACACAGGGAACAGGAACAACUAGUGGAGCGCUGUCUUCACAAACAAGCCAAAGUACAAAAAAUUGUUGACUUUUAUAUCGUUUGGAGCUAUAAGAGUAACAUUUUGUAUUAAAUUAUUUAUAAACAAUUUUGUAAUCAAUUAUUUAAAUAAAUUUACAUUAAUUUUUAUAAAA